CUUGUCAUUUUGCAAGAUGGCGACUUCCAUAGAGGGAUUGUUGUCAGAGCUUUCGGGGCUAGAUGAGCCUCUUGAAGAAUUAAGAAAUUUAAAAACGGCUGUAUUAGCAAUACCUUUAAACAUACUAGGGGAGACCGUGAAUGGCUUACGAUUAGAAGUUAUUUUUUCACUCCUCAACACUAAUGACAGAGAACAGAUUGAGCUUUGUGGGGCCAUCCUCAGCCGGAUCCUGCAGGCCCUAGACCCCGUUAUCCUGGCUCAGAACUUAAAAACCGAACUUCAGUGCGGGUUAAAUCACCCAGAUGACCUGGUUAAAAUACUGGCGAUGACACAAAUUGGAAGAAUUGUUGAACAUCCAGAGGCUGUAACUGAAAUUCUCAAUAGCCAAGAGCUUGUCAAACAGAUCAUUAAUUGUAUUGGAGGAGAAAAAAUAUCUGUUGCUAAAGAGGCUAUAAAAGCACUUUCCAAAAUGGCUCAGACAAAGGCAGGACUGGAUGCUUUAUUUAUGGGCAACUUGCUGAAAUACUUAAAAGAUGUGAUGGCCAUAAGUGAUGUGGUGCGAUACAGAGUUUAUGAGCUUGUGGUUGAAAUAUCAUCCGUCUCCCCGGUCUCUCUGGGCUACUGUGCAAACAGUAGCUUUAUUUCCCAGCUGAUAGGAGAAUUAACAGGCGAUGACAUUCUGGUCAGGGCUACAGCAAUUGAGAUGGUAACAACACUAGCCCAGAGUCAGCAUGGAAGACAGUACCUUGCACAGCAAGGAAUUGUGGAUAAAAUCUCAAACAUGAUCACUGGAGCAGAAUCAGACCCUUUCUCCGGGUUCUACUUACCAGGUCUGGUGAAGUUUUUUGGAAACUUGGCAAUCAUGGACAGUCCCCAGCAAAUCUGUGAGUGCUACCCUGCCUUUCUAAAAAAAGUAUUUGAAAUGGCAGUGGGACAGGACCCUACAAUGAUUGGGGUGGCACUGGACACCCUUGGAAUCCUGGGCUCAAAUAUAGAAGGAAAACAAGUUCUACAAAAAACAGGUGAAAAAUUUCAGGAUGUUUUGAAAAGAAUGAGUAAUGUGGCAAGAAAUGCAACGACAGAGCUGCGUGUUCGCAGUUUGGAGGCAGUAGCUUUACUCCUCACGUUACCGGCAGAACAGCAGACAGAGGAUCUUCUAGGACUGACAGAAUCCUGGUUCAAUUCCCUCUCCAGCCAGCCCAUGGAAAUGCUCAAGAGCAUCAGUACUCAGCCAUUUCCAGAACUCCAUUGCAGUGCCUUGAAGAUCUUCACUGGGAUGGCUUCCCAGCCAUGGGGUCAGAAGAAGAUGAUUGACACUCCAGGUUUUGUGGAGUUUAUUGUAGACCGUUCUACUGGUCCCGAUAAAGAGUCAAAAGAUGCCAAAUACGAACUUGUGAAAGCACUUGUAGAUUCAAAAACUACAGCGGAAAUCUUUGGAAACCAACAUUAUCUGCGUCUCCGGACUUACAUGCGUGAAGGACCGUAUUAUGUGACAGCAGUCUCGUCUGUAACAGUGGAAGGUGCAGAAUAAAUGUCAGAGAACCAAAAACAGUAGGGAGACCCUCUCAUUUCACUGACUUGUGAAUGAGAAGAUGAGAAAGUUACAAGAAAUAAAAGAGGACAUUUCAUUUGCUUUGCUUUAUUCUUAAAACUUAAGGAUUGUUAAAUUCAAUAUUUUUUAUGUGAUCUUUUAUAUGUGAAGAAUGGACAAAGUGGGAGGAAAUACUGUUGAGUUUGUAUCACAUUUUGGUAAAACAACAUUUUUUAGUAUGGCUGCAGUAAAAUAUGUUGCCUAAAUUUGUGAUGGACUGGACGAAUGUUGACUGAUGGAAAAUUACUAGACUAGUGAAGAGCUGUAUUGUAAGUCGUACAGUGCAAAUGAUAUGGUUGGCAAUGAAAAGUAAAACAUUUUGUAAAAC